AUGCUCUCCGGUCCGAUUGACUAUCGUUACACUGAAAGUUCGAUGCAACUGAUUAAGAAUGGCUAUCUGGACCCAGCAAAUUUAAAUAAGCAGACAUUCCAGCAUGACCAACAUCUUCAUAUCAAAAUGAUCAAUUACACUGGAUUGGCAAAAGUCGACCCAUUUGUCUCUGGUUUGUUUGAUUGUCACGUCGAAUUCCCGCGAAAGUUGAUUGCAGAUCAUGGACUCUACAUCGUUGAAGGUGUCGGCCAGCCCGCCUCUGAUAAUAUUCUGAAACGGAUGUACUUUGAACCAGACGGUAUUGGAGAGUACAUUGUGAUCGCAUAA